AUGAUCUCGCCGCCUGCCGCCGUUUCUUCUCCAGCGGCUGGCGAUCCGAGUGUCACCAGGACCACAUCUGCAAGGCGCCGAGGUUUGAGUUACCUUCGUGCUUUAUCCCACAACCGGUCAUCGGGUGGAACCAGCCCGAACGAGCCCCCCUCCCGCUCACCGAGACAUUACUUCCAGAGAUCGCUCAGUUACAACGACAACCGACCAGAUCCUACCACAACCCGACGACGGAGCAUAUCUCGCCCUAACGAACCUACGAUUCCUCUAUCCCCCGAUCUCCGCCAGAUCGAUACUAGAAGCCCCUCGCCCCGUAUUGCACCCGCUGCACCCGUCUUAGACGCCCCGGUCGACCAGGUCGAACAAGAUACCACAGAUGAGAUGGCGAGACACAGAAAUUCAAUGUCGCGGAGGAAUGCAAGCAAUAGCCGGCCGGCUGACACGCUGAAUGCGACUGCCUCGGAAGCCGCCCCGAGACCCAUGAACCCCAGGAACACGUCCAAGUCAGGCACUCAAGAUGGCGAGACGAAGCAGCAUUUACCGACCAUCCGUUUCUUUCCUCACCAGGAAAUCAGAAAUGGACGACCCUCCCUCAACUUCACUCCCAUCGCGAGGACGUUACCCAGCGAACAUUCCAUCAUCAGGGUCGGCCGUUACUCUGAGCGAGAGGGAGUACCCUCGUCCAACCCUACCGGCCCCUCCGAUGCGCCCGUUGGCUUCAAAUCCAAAGUCGUCAGUCGGAGACACUGUGAGUUCAGUUUCCUCGACGGACAAUGGCAGAUCAAGGAUGUCGCCUCGUCGUCCGGCACGUUUCUCAACCAUAUCAGACUGAGUCAGCCCAACACCGAGUCAAGGCUCUUCCCUAUCAAGGAUGGCGACAUCGUGCAAUUAGGCAUCGACUUCAGGGGAGGAGAAGAAAUGAUAUUCCGAUGUGUCAAGAUUCGCAUUGAAUGCAACCGAGCAUGGCAGAAGAAGGCGAACAACUUCAACAAGGCCAGACAUCAGCAAUUGCAAAGUCUUGCGAAAGAUCAGCCAUCAGCAGACGCCAACAGCGGCGAGUGCUCCAUAUGCUUGGGUUCCGUAUUGCCCUGCCAAGCAUUAUUCGUUGCUCCCUGCGCUCAUGUCUGGCAUUAUAAAUGUAUUCGACCGCUGCUUGAGGGCAAGAACAGCGUUUAUCCGCAGUUCCAAUGUCCGAAUUGCAGAGCAUAUUCCGAUCUCACCGCAGACGUUGACCUUGCUCAAUCCGACAUAGACGAGUGGAUGGACAACACUGAUGACCCAGAAAACCAAGCCACCGAAGCCAAUGCCGAGCGUACCAAUGAACCGAACGCCACGUCGACCGAACACAUGAAUGGCCCACUAACAGGCGGGCUGGCGGCCGAUAACUCGCCUAGUACUGCGGACUCGCAAGCAAACCAAGAUACCUUGAGUAUCCCAGAGAACGCUCCCGUUGCCGUAACUCAACCCGAGAUCAUUACUGAUGGUAAUGCUUCUUCACCACUGCCUAUCAGGACCCCAGGGCUCUUAGCUCGAAGACAAGCUACAAAUCCAGCUUCACCCGAACUUUCGACCAUGAAUGGUAAUAUCGACAUGCCCGAUCGAGCGGAUGAAACCGAGCUGGGCGGUCAGCUUGAACACCAACGCACAAAUACCCAGACUCCCGAUCCUGCUGAGAUAAUAGCCGGAGAAGGUCCGUUGACUCCUAGGAAUAACGCCGGACCUUUCGUGUUUGACGGCAGUGCUGGGAGGUCGGAUGCGAGGCAUUUACUUGUCCCCAGCGUUGCUCAGGUUGCUGAUGGGAAAUGA